AUGCCCCAGCACCCCUUAUCACACAUAGCAUUAGACGUCAUCACAGACCUCCCAGAAUCCCAGGGUAACACCACCAUCCUUGGCAUCAUUGAUCAUUUCUCAUAUUACUUGCACCUGAUUCCUCUGCCUGGUUUACCCACCACCUUUGAAACAGCCAAACUCCUUUUUGACAAUGUGUUUAGAUGUUUCAGCAUCCCCAAAGGUAUAGUGAGUAACAGGGGAGUGCAGUUUACAUCUAGGGUGUGGAAGAAGUUCAAUGAGAAGCCAAGAGUUUUUGUAAGCCUCACAUCGAGCUGUCAUCCCCAGGCUAAUGGGCAGAUGGAGCAUGCAAAUCAGGAGAUCGGCUGCUUCCUGAAGACAGUCUGUGCUGACAACCAAAGUUCCAGCCCCCCAUUCCCAUGGAACAUCAGUCCCACUGGCUCCCCCACAGUGGAUGACUGGUUCAGGAAGUAUGGCAUAGCAUGCACCAGUGCUUGGAACAAGCAGUCACCCAAAACAAAUGGCUCACUGACAGGCAAAGAUAUGACUAUUUACACUGAAAUAUUGUACAAAAACAGCACGACCAACAUUCCUGAAUUUGUCCUCCAAGGAUUCCCAGGUAUUGCUGCCGAGUAUUAUGGAUCCAUAGGAACCUUUUUCUUCUUCAUUUAUCUGAUGCUGGCAUCUGGGAACAUUUUCAUCCUUGUCUUUGUGGCAUGUGAAAAAAAUCUUCAGAAGCCAACGUACAUCAUCUUCUGUAAUCUUGCAAUAUCAGAUCUUGGAUUUGGAACUACAACUCUGCCCAGAAUCAUUGCUAAGUACUGGAUAUCAGAGAUCAUGUCAUUCAGUGGCUGUUUUACACAAAUGUAUUUUGUCCAUUAUUUUGGGACUUGCACUUCUUUUCUAAUGGCAUUAAUGGCCCUUGAUCGAUUUAUUGCCAUAUGCAACCCACUGAGAUACCCAGUUCUGAUUACACACUGCACAACUGUGAUUCUUUGUUCAGUGCUUUGGAUAGGAAGCCUCCUCAUUCUUGGUGUAAUUACUGCACAUGCCCUUAGUGUGACUUACUGCGGCCCAAAUGUGAUACGACACUGUUACUGUGACUAUAUUUCAAUAAGUAACCUAGCAUGCGCAGACACAACAGCCUUGAAAGCCACUACUUCUAUCAUUGCUAUGACAGUACUGUGGGGCCCUUUAUUUUUUAUCAUAUUUUCUUAUGUGGCCAUCAUUAUUUCAGUCAUGAAAAUCUCAGAUAAAGAGGGACGAUAUAAAACCUUUUUAACAUGUACUCCACAGCUGUUUAUCAUCUGUCUGUACUAUCUCCCAAGAAGUUUUGUGUAUAUUGCAUUUACUGUUGGAUUUCAUUUUGAAACAAAUCUCCACAUUGCAGUGGUAAUGAUGUACAGCCUUUUCCCUGCCCUCAUCAAUCCAUUCAUAUACUGCUUUAGGACAAAAGAAAUUAAGGAUACAUUAAUGAAGAAAUUUAAGCAAAGACAGGUGAGGGCAAAUCAGAAAAGUAUUCUGUCUUAA